UCGGCUCAUUUGAGCUUUGGAUACCGUUAUUUUUGGCAACAUGUCAUAAAAUGAACUCACAUGCUGGAUGGAUGGGGAGGAUUUUUCACAAACAUCACAGUGGCCCCACGUGGGUUCCCAGUGCAGGAACUUCCUGCCACAGGUUUUCGCAGUAAAUCCGCGUCCUAAUCCGCUCCCUGUUGCGGAAGAUUAUAAAUAUAAAAAAUACGUACGUUUUGAAUCCUUGCAUGCAGUAGGAAGCGAGAGAAACGAGAGAUAAGGAAAACAGAGAAAGAAAAACACUCCUAGGCAGCAAGGACCAUGGAUCCAUGGGAUAUCAUCAAAGAGAUCUUUGCAAAGGGAAAAGAAAUUAUGGUGGCAAACCCUGAGAUGAAAUUUACCAGCAAAGAGUAUAUGAGAUUUUACGGAUCCGUUUUUACAUUGUGCACAAAGCCCGGCAUUCACUUCGAAAGUCAGAUUGUUUUUGAUAAGUUUAAGGAAUUUAUGGAAGAGUGCAUCACUUAUAUGGUACUCCCGUCUUUAAAGGAGAAGCAUGAUGAUAAUAUGUUAAGAGAACUUGUGAAAAUGUGGUCAAAUUACCGAGUCAUGGUCAAAUGGCAAUCAAGAUUCUUUGGUUAUCUUGAUCGCUUCUAUGUUCCACGGACGAAGCAUGCUUCAAUUUAUGAGACUGGCAUUUGUUGUUUCCGUGAUCUGGUCUGCCGAGACUUAAAUGCUAAAUUCAGAGAUGCUGUUAUAUCCUUGAUUAAUCAAGAGCGCAAUGGGAGGCAGAUCGAUCAAGGCCUAGUAAAGAAUGUUCUGGAUUUCUUUGUGGAUAUUAGUAAAGGAUGUAGUUAUCCUAAGAAAAAUAUGGAUAUCUAUAAGGACUUUGAACUGGCAAUGCUUGAAGAUACCACUGCUUACUAUUCUCGAAAGGCUUCAGAAUGGAUUUCUGUGCAUUCCCUUAUGGAAUACAUGUUAAAGGUCGAGCAAUGCCUGAAUCAGGAAAGGGAGAGAGUUUCCCACUACUUGCAGCCUAGCAGCCAAGAGAAAUUACUAAAGGUUGUGGAACAGGAGUUGGUGGUUGUACCUGCAGCUGAAUUGCGUAAAAAGGUGCAGUCACAGGAGCAUGUCCUGCUCGAGGAGCUACUUCCACGCUGGGAGAGCCUAGCGCUUCAAUAGGCAAUUCUUGGAAGACCCAACUUGCAUGCAGAUGAUCUGAGCAUUCUCUUGUACAGACCAAGUUGAUAUCACUGGUAGUAGCUACAUAGGAAAAGGCACGUACAUAUGAGCCACCCAUAGCCUCUUUGAGGAUUGAAUGAUUGUGAAACUAUAAAACGGUGGAGAGUUGAGACUGCACAGUUUUUUGCAAAUGCUAUCAGUUUUCUUUGUUUAGGGGAUUGAUUUUUCUUGGUCUUUUGGCUUUUCUAAAUGAUACAGACGGUCUCUAUUGUAUUA